CAGUUGAUCAAAGUUAUGCUGUCAGCUAUUUGUUAUUGAUUCAUUCAUUCAAUGUAUCUCGAUUGUGCAUUAAUCGUGAUGUAUUUUUGAAUUUUCGAUAGUUGUCUUAAGUCUGAUUCUGCUAUUUCAGAUAAUAAUAAGUUCUUAGUGAAAAGAUCCAAGAAUUUGUAUUGACUAUUAGGAAUAAUAUGUUUCUUGAUUAGUGAGAUGCAAGUCUUGUCAUAACCACAAUACCUACCUCAUCUAUAAUUGAAGUAAUUGUGGAAUGUGCAAAUAGUUUUGUAUUUAAGUUAUGUCAUCUAGGGUUCUAAGAAAACUAGGUCUAGGGGAAAAAGACAUAACCUCUAUAGCUGAUGAAGCAAGUGAUACAGAGGCUGAUUUUUCUAGUUCUGGAGGAGCAAAAAAGAAGCAACUAAAUAUAAACCGAUAUGAUUUGCUCAAUCAACAAUCUCACUCCGAAUCAGAAGUAAAGGAAGAUGAUGAUCAUGAGACAGCUGGUUCCUUAAACGCACAGGAGAACGCAGCAGAUUGCAAAGACGCAGCUCGACGAAAGAAAAAGAAAAAGAGGAAGAAACAUGGAAAAGUACCCAGUAAUGCUCGUAGCAGUGAGGAUAAUAUAGAGGAUGAAGUGGAAAGAUCUGUCAGGGAAGUUAACAAACUCCUUGGAGACAGUGCUCAAGUUGAACCAGGCAGAGAAGUAGCUACGGCUAAUACUAGCGGAUGUAAAAACAGGAUCCUGAACAUUGAGCAUCGACAUUUGAACCACAACAAUGAACUGAAGAAAAUAUUUGGAUCAAAAAUCGUUCAAAACGAGCAAAGCAAGAGAAGAGGCGGAUCUCGAACCAGGGGCGUGUUGAAAACAACGUGGCUUGUUUCACUCAAGGACAACUGGCCACCCAUCGUAAAAACUGGUCUGUCAAUGAGCCUGGUGAAGACUGAAAAUGGGAUAAGCACAUUCACCUAUGAACAUAGCCUAAACUAUCAGCAAGUACAAAUGAAGUUCCUUGAUGCAGUGGAAAGCUUAAAUCCUGAUAACAUUGUAGCCAUAAUAAACUCGUCGCCGUACCAUGUAGACGCGUUGUUGCAACUGUCCGAGCUCUGUCGUCUCAGUGAGGACUUGUCCAUGGCUGCCGAGCUGAUAGAGCGAGCUCUCUACUGCCUCGAGUGUGCCUUCCACCCUUCCUUUAACCUGGUCACAGGCACUUGCCGCCUCGACUACCGCAAGCAGGAGAACAGAGCUCUGUACUUAGCAGUGUUCAAGCACCUGACGUUUGUCGGCGCUCGUGCCUGCUACCGGACCGCGCUCGAGUUCUGUAAACUGCUCCUCUCUCUUGACCCUGACAACGAUCCAUUGGGAAUCGUACUAGCAAUCGACUUUUACGCUUUACGAGCUCAGAAGUACAACUGGUUGAUACGAUUUGCUUCGGACUGGGAACCUACAAGAAACUUGUCUCAGUUGCCCAACUUUGCGUUCUCCAUCGCCGUGGCUCACUUCCAGCUCGGCCAGGACGUAGAGUUGGCUCACCAUCUGCUGCAGAACGCUCUCAUCAUGUUCCCCGGUGUGUUGUUGCCGUUGUUGUCCAAGUGCGGCGUCCAACCCGACUCUAGAGUUGGCACUCACACGUUCUUCACGACUGCGGAAAUCAAUCAGAGUGCUUCGUUGAAAGUUCUUGUCCAGCUGUAUGUUGCCAGAUGCUACCAUGUGUGGAAGGAGUCAGAGCUGCUCCCGUGGCUGGAACGCAACGUACACGCUGUACUGGACCGAGUAGACAAACAAGACUCAUAUGUAGCGGACUGUGAGGUGAAGCGAGCCAAACGUUACCCGAAACUACCUCGGAAUAUCCACCGACACAUUGUCCUCUCUGACUACAAGGACGUCACCUUCAGUGAGUUGUCGCAAAGUCCGGUGCUGAGUUUCGACCCGUUACCUCCAGUGGAUUCCAUCAACCUGUACAACCGACCGCCCCGGUUACUUUACCAUGAUAAUGGAAAUGCUUUCUCCGUUUUCCUGCGAUCUUUCAUGCCCAACUUCAAUGUGAACGCUCCAGCAUCAGACGGUGAUGAAGUUGAAGGUGGUGAGGGCGCCGCAGUUGACCUGAGGCGCAGCAUGACGUCCCUGCUGGAUGCCAUGAGAGACCUGCUUUCUAACAUUCACAUGCCUGAUGGACCUGCAGAAGGCGACAUUGACUCUGAUGAGGAACGCCCAUGAGCCAGUGUUUGUGUAUGUGUGAUUAAAUCAUAUGUCGUUAAAUAUAUUACAGUUUGUUCAUUUAA